AUGGCUCAAGCUGGAGAGAAGAGACUGUUGCAGCUGCACGAAUUGGAGGAAUUUCGCUAUCAUGCUUAUGAAAACGCGAAAAUGUAUAAGGAGCGCACCAAAAGAAUUCAUGACAGGCGCAUCCAAUCUCGUGACUUUGAGCCCGGGCAGUUAGUAUUGCUGUAUAACUCCAGGCUGAAGAUUUUCGGUGGAAAGCUAAAGAGCAAAUGGUCCGGACCAUUCGAGGUAGUUCGAGUGACUGCACAUGGUGCUGUUGAGCUUAGAAGACCCCACUCGGAUGACACAUUCUUGGUGAACGGACAGAGAGUGAAGCAUUACUAUGGAAUUGGGCGAAAAAUGAAGAAAACAGACAAGGUGCCCAGUGAUUUACGCGAUCCACCCGCGAUGCGGAAGGAUCGCCUGAACUUCUGA